UGGCGUCAAAUAUGCAAUAUUUAUUUUUAUUUACUUUUAAUUUUUAAACAAAUGUGAAGAAAUGAAUAUUAAUGUGUUUUAGUAAUAUUCUUUAAGAAUAAUGGCGUCGAGUACCGAGGUUAAAAACUCUGAAAAUAAUGAUGUUUCAUCCGAUGAUGAAGUUUUAUCAGUGAUCAAAAGUAAAGUAAAGAAAAAAGCCAAUAAAAGGAAACGACCACCAAGAAAAACUUAUGUGGAUGAUGAUGAUGAAGAGGACGAUGAUGGAAUUAUGCCGCACGUGUUCGUUCAUGUGAAAGUCGAAGAAGUAGAAAACGACGGUCCUUUAGAUUUUAGUGGGUAUCAUAAAGAAAAUGUCUCCACAUCUCCAACAAAAGCACAAAAGAAGAGUAGAAAACGCAAUAUAAUCAAUUCAAAAAAGAAGAGGAGAUUGUAUGAAUGUCCACAGUGUGAUGCAGUGUUUGAACAAAAUGCAGAUCUCAAGGAUCAUUCCAAAGAACACCAGGUUGUUACUAGACAUAAAUGUGAACCAUGUGGGCGGUACUUUAACAAGGCGUUCAGCUUGCGGCUGCACAGCCGUGUGCACAUGGAGAAGAUGGAGAUAUGUCCCAUCUGCGGUGCCGCUUACACCCUCAGGAUCAAUAUGCUGAGACAUUUGAAUACUCACGAAGCAACAUUACCAUGUUCUCUGUGCCCCAUGAAACUCCAUACAAAGGAGCUACUGGAAGAACAUUUGAUUGCCCACGAAACAAACAAUACAGAAGUUUUACUACAGAAUGCCAAACUUGAAAGUAAAGCAAAAUUAAAAGCGAAAAGUAGGCUUGCUCAUGCCAACACAACAUCCAAUAAUAUAUCUCUGCAAAACUCCAUGAAACUAGAAGUAGAAUCAGAGGACAAUGAAACGAGCGACGGCCAGAGCGCGUCCAACAACUACGAGGUGUAUUUGAAGAGAGAAGAUCUGAGCCACGCGACGCAGUGCGCCGUCGUCAGCAAGAUGCACAAGGGCCGGCCCGUUGCAGACAUCUGCAGGCUCUACAGCCUCACGCCCGAAGUCGUCAACGAGAUCUGGGAGGACCGCGACAAGUACACGCUGCCCAAGAAAGCGGGCAAGAAAUAUAUGAAUAGCAUCUUAGACUCCAGAAUAGUCGAGUGGUUCCACAGCCAGAGGGCGAAAGACGUCCAAGUCUCCGGUAAGAUGCUGCAGGACAUCGCGGAGUCUUUCGCCAAGGAGAGCGGCUUCGUCGCCUUCAACGGCAGCAAGAAGUGGCUGGAUCGGUUCAAGGCCAAGUACAAAAUAUCGCUGAGGGGAACUCCUCCCAAGAGAGACUACACGAAUAUUGCCUUCGGAUGCAAGUGGAAAAAUCUGUUCUUCAAGGAGACCUGGUGCGACGUCCGCCUCGGUUUCGCCGACGACGAUAUUUACACCGCGGACGAGAUAGGCUUCUACUACAACCCUUCCAAAGGGCGAAUAAAGAAGAUGUCCGGAAAGAAAUUCAUCCAGGGGUACGUGAAGGACCGCCUGGCGAUAUUCUUGUGCGCCAACGCGAGCGGCCGGGACAAGCGCCGGCUGGUGGUCUGCGGCACCGAGGACCCGCUGGUGCACUCGCAUCGCCACCCCGACACGCUGCCCGUCACCUACGUCCGCCAUGCGCAGGCGCACUUCACCACGCAGAUGUUCGAGGAGUACGUCAAGUACUGGAACAGGGAGCUGCAGGCCGCCAACAGGAAGGCCAUCCUCGUCCUGGACAGGGCCACCAUUCACUCGAAGCUGAUUCUCUCCAACCUGAAGAUGGUGUUCGUCCCCUGGAAGGCGUCGUCGGGCCUCAUCCCGGUGAGGAACGGUAUCUUCGGCGGCUUUCGCGACGAGUUCCGCCGCCUGAUCCUGAUCGAGAAGAGCAUGAACGCGGUGCGCGGCGUGGACCGCAACUUGACGUGUCUGGAGGCGCUCAACCUGGUGCAGAAGGCGUGGGAGCGGCUUCCCGCGCACCUCGUCAACCACAGCUUCGUGUCCACCGGGUACGACGUGCAGCGCGCGCCCGCCUCGUGCCCCCCACACCCCCCACACCCCCCGCCCGCAGACGAGCACGCGCUGUGCCGUCUGCUGCGCGACUACGACGUGCAGCCGUACUACGCGGACCUCGCCCACCUCGACAUGUACCUCACCGUGGACGAGGAGCUGCUCACGGGCCAGGGCACCAACGGCUCCGUCUUCGGCGGCAACCACAAGGCCGUGGACCCCGCGGCGCGCGCGCGCGAGCGCGAGGACCUGCUGCCCGUCGGCACGGAGCGCCCGCCCGACGCCGGGGCGGAGCGCCUGCUGACCCGCGCCCGCGCCACGGCAGACCUCGACAUCGUCAGGACGUUUCUGCACAACUCCGACACCCCCUUCUCCGUCUACCGCGACUUCCUCGACGUUGAAACAUUCCUUCUGCGAAAUCCUUUCGACGAGGAGUCCUAGCGGUGCGCGGGACGAUGAUACAUUUUUAAUUUAGGAGUAUUUGUUAGUCAUUUUUUACAUUUUGUAAUACAAAUGUAACAAAUAUGUUGUUACGUGGUUAAUAGAUUUUCAUUACUCAGGUCGGGAUCGAGUUUUGUUGUGUUUGCGGCCGUUACAUUGUUGCGGUGACACAGUGGAGUGAUCACUAAGAUUUUUUUAUUACAUUUUUUGAUCAUUCAAUUAUACAACGAUUUUUUAAAAUUAAUUGUGAAGCAAUAUCGUGAUAAUUAUAAAUGUAGAGCGUAGGGGAUGUGAGUGCUGAGUGGGGGGAGGGGGAGGGGGAGCAGGUUGCCUCCUUGACGUGAGAUUUUAUUUGAAACACCAAUGUAUGUGACUGGAGUAUUUUUGUAAGCAAAAAUUAAGCAAUAUCAAGAAAGUUACGACCAACGUCCACAGCUGUUAUAUGUGUUCUAUUGAACAUAAAAAUAUUUAAGUGUAUUAUAUGUUUGUCUAUAUUGUAAAUGAACACAUGAUCAUUUUUUCUUUGUUGAAGUAAUAACGCCUGUUAAGUUUGUGUUAAUAUUUUUAUUGAAAGUAAGAUACAUUUAACAGAUAAAAUUAUUUUUUAAAUUUUGUGGGAAAUAUGUGUACAUUGUUUACCUAAUAUCUCAUACUAAAGUGAGAAUUAUAAUUUGUUGUAAAAUUAUGAAAACUGUCGUGGAUCAUUAAUAUAAAGUAAUUAACUAGAGCUCAUCUCACACAGGUCAGUGGGCAGCGGGCGCUUUCACACUUGUCUCAUGUUGUGCAUAACAAGUGAGAGAAAACUUUGUUUAAUUACUUUAUAUUUUUGAUAUGUUAAAUAUAUUAGUCAUGAUUUAAAUAUAAAAA